AUGGUGAUCUUAUACAAGCGCCUGGCGGAUCGCACUCGGUAUCAGAUUGUGUAUAACAUCACACUUGGUUUCCUGGCUGCGACCUGGCUAGUGCUGUUUUUCGAUAAUAUUUUCAAGUGCUAUCCGGUCCAGCGGCAGUGGAAAGCGAUUUUAAAUCCUGAUGACAUGUCCCCAGGACCUUCCACAGUCAAUUAUUGGCUCACCAUUCUCUUCAACAUCUUCAGUGAUGUCUUCAUCAUCUGCCUCCCCAUUACGCAAGUUGCGAGACUCAAAAUGACCAAGAAACAAGAGUGGGCUGUCAUCUGUCUUCCUCCUGGGUAUUCUUUCAUCCGGGCAAUCUACUCCUACCGCAACGAACAAAUGGUCACCUGCACCGUCUCCAUGAUCGAAACCGCCAUUGCCAUCAUCGCGUCUUGUCUCCCCGUUCUCCGCACCCUAGUAUUCGGCUCGCACUCUCGCACGGGAACCUACAGCGGCCAUCGCGGCUACGAGCUCUCACACUCUGGUGUGCAUACCGGCGGCGUCAGCAGGCAGCACACCACCGUCUCCACCUCACAGAGUCAGGUUGACCGUGGCGUAGAUGACAUCUCGUUUAAUGACUCCGAGGACGGAUUAGUGAAGGAUACGGCACCGAUUUCUGGGCCAGGGAUCGCCGUCAGACAUGAGUAUUUCGUGCAUCAGGAUUAUGCCGGCACCAAUAUUGGCGCUGAUAUCGAUAUCUUCCAGGAGUAUUCACAGAAGUAA